AUGCGCUGCUCACUGCCGCCCUCCCCCUCACUCGGCCUCUCUCUGCUGGCGUACGCGGUAUCGACGAUUACGAUUGCGAUCGCGAUUCUCACGCCGCUCGCGGCUGCCAGUAGCACGACUCGAAACCCGAUCCGCGCCCUCUCCGUAGUGCAGAAUGCGACGAUUCACACCCACAACCACCGCCUCACGGCCCUGCACGAGUUCGACCUCACCUUUCAAGUUCGCAACGAGUUGCACGUGAGGCUUCGCCUGGAGCCUAACCAUGACAUCCUCGCCCACGAUGCCAUGGUCACAUACCUGGCGCCAGACGGAACGGUAUCGCGCCAGGAGUCCGUGGACAGGCUAGGGCAUAGAGUGUUCAGAGGCACCGCGUGGGUGCAGAAGUUGGGCAACAACGCCGACGACUGGAGACAUGCUGGCUGGGCACGGGUGUCGGUGUUUCGAGAUGGAAUACGUCCCAUCUUUCAAGGAGCCUUCUCCGUGGAUCGCGACAAUCAUCACAUUCAGACUUCAAGUGGAUACCUGCGCACCAAGCAUUGGGACGAUCCCGACAUCGAGGCUCAGAUGGACGAGUACAUGGUUCUCUGGCGAGAUUCCGACAUCCUGCCAGACAGCCAGGCACAUCGCGAUUUGAAGUCCAGGAAUGCUGCGGCCGCCUCAAUCUGUGAGGCUGACAGUCUGGUCUUCAACACCAGGGAGGACCACCCUGUGUAUUUGGCCAUGAAGGCCAAGCGUUCGGUUGAGCGUUAUGGCAGGAUGGAUUUCUCACACUUGUUCAACAAGCGUCAGGACUUGGAUGGUACGACAGGUGGUAAUAGUGCUGGUGGCAACCUGGUCGCCAGCAUAGGUGAUAGUGCCGGGUGCCCUACCACGCGCAAAGUUGCGCUAGUUGGUGUUGCCACAGACUGCAGUUACACUGCUGACUUCAAUUCCACUCAAACCGCUCGUGAGAAUGUCAUCGAUCAGAUCAAUACCGCGUCCGUACUCUACGAGAGCGCAUUCAACAUAUCACUUGGCCUUCAAAACCUGACCGUGUCGGAUGCAAUUUGUCCUGGGACCCCAGUGGCAGCCACGGAAUGGAAUCAAGCUUGCUCGGAUAGCGUGGACAUUUCGCAACGUCUGAACAUGUUCUCGUCAUGGCGUGGCAAUCAGCGCGAUUCCAACGCUUACUGGACAUUGCUCAGCACCUGCCGGAACUCUCAGUCUUCAGCCGUAGGCCUUGCCUGGUUGGGUCAGGUGUGCGUCGCCUCAGCUGUCACGACCAACGGUAGUAUCACUGGUGACGGGGCAGCUUCCCAAGGAUCGGAGACUGUCACUGGGGCGAAUGUUGUCAUUCGAACACAGGGUGCAGAAGAAUGGAAAGUCAUCGCUCACGAGGUUGGCCAUACCUUCGGUGCCGUCCACGACUGCACAAGCGACGCAUGUGCCGACUCCAAUUUCGUCAACUCACAACAGUGUUGCCCUCUCAGUGCCAGCAUCUGCCCGGCUGGCGGAAGAUUUAUCAUGAACCCUCAGACCUCCGAUAGUGUCAAUGAGUUCAGCCCGUGUUCCGUUGGUAACAUCUGCAGUGCCCUGAUGCGCAACUCGGUCAAUGGUGGGUGCCUGACUGAUAAUCGUGGCGUGACCACGAUCUCCGGCCAGCAAUGCGGCAACGGCAUUGUCGAGCCAGGCGAAGAUUGCGACUGUGGUGGAGAGUCUGGUUGCACCGACGACCCAUGCUGCAACCCUACCACCUGCAAAUUCACCCAAGGUUCAGUUUGUGACGAUUCAAAUGAGGACUGUUGCCGUCAGUGUCAAUUUGCCUCGGCAGGCACCGUGUGUCGUGCCACGACCGGUCAAUGCGAUCCUCAGGAAACGUGCUCUGGUACCGCUGCCACCUGUCCUGCAGACCAGACUCUUGAAGAUGGUACCGAUUGUGGCAAUGGCCUGGAAUGCGCUAGUGGACAAUGCACUAGUCGGAAUCAGCAAUGCAAGACGGUGAUGGGCAGCUACACACAAGGCAAUGAUACAUAUGCAUGCGAUAGCUCGGGCUGUCUGAUCAGCUGCGCCAGUCCUGAGUUUGGGAGAGGGGUGUGUUAUAGCCUGCAGCAGAACUUUAUUCCUGGCACACCCUGCGGCGGUGGUGGCAGAUGUGCAACAGCAGGCCAGUGCAAAGGCUCCACGACUGGAGGCCAGAUUAAGUCCUGGAUCGACGACAACAAGGCUCUGGUCAUCGGCAUCGCGUCGGCUGUGGGCGGUCUCUUACUUUUCUCCCUUCUAGGCUGCCUUUGCCGCUGUGGUCAACGCAAGCGCAACAAAGCUGUUCCGGCACCUCCAGCUGCUACUGGCUGGCAAGGUUGGAAUGGAGGCUCUCGAGGUGGACCCGAGAUGCAGUAUGAUAUGCCAGAAUACACAAAUGCACAUGCCACUCAGGGCUGGGCCGAUCAGGCGCGACACAGUCGAGGAGGGUGGAUGCCUCCUCCUCCUCCUGUUCCUCCGCCGGCGUAUCAGGGGAUACAAAGGAAUAGUAACAGUGUACGGUAUGCCUGA